UUGUCUUAAAAAACAAAAAUAAAACCAAACCAAAACAGAACAAAAAGGUGGGAUAGGUGGCAGGGAGCUGCCUUGAAAGUAGACGCACAAUAAAGUAUUCCUAUUAAGGGACCUGAUAGCAAGCUGGGCGCUUGUCACCCAGUAGGCACCUGUGUUCUACAUGGGAUGCUGCAGGACAGUGAGUGUGCAGUGGAGUGACCAUCCUAGGAGAUACGUUAGCGACAUCAAGCACAAGGCAGGACUUAGUCCGCCGUGCUUGUGACGGGCCCUUCUCGGGAGUCUUUGCUGUCUCCUGUUCUUCAGGGGCGGUUGUGGGGGUAGGUACCCUCUGUGGAAUUCUGCACUGUCCCUUCUGAUUGGCUGGGCACAAGACAAUGGGAGGUCCACUUGGGGGGCUCACCUUUGCUGGCCUAUAAGAGGAGGAGGUAGCCAGGUUUCUAGGUGCUGGGGGAGGGCCAGUGAAGGGUGGAGGGACCUUUGAGUCCUGAUGGGCACUUUAUCAGCAAGUACCAGACAAGAACAGACCUUGGGUGAGCCCUUUUAUCAGUUCCAGAGUCCAUAGGACACUUGGAUUAAUGUGUAACCUUACAGGGCUUCCCCUCUGCCCUCUGAAGCCACUGGUUCCUAAAUAGACACCACUCAACAUGGAUGCUAGAAAAGAAGGGCUGCCCCUGAAGACACUCUUCUCAGACCAACACCCACAGGUCCGCAGGUGGCUGGCCCCUUUCAUCCUUACCUGCUCAAUCUACUUCCUUCUCUGGAUUCCUGAGGACCAGCCUUCCUGGCUCAGUGCCCUGGUCAAGUGCCUGCCCAUCCUCUGCCUGGUUGUGUUCCUGUGGGCUGUGGCCCCUGGUGGAAGCUACUCGUGGCUCCUCCAGGGAGCUCUUGUGUGUUCUGCUGUGGGAGAUGCCUGCCUCAUCUGGCCUGAAGCUUUCCUUUAUGGCAUGGCUGCCUUCUCUGCUGCACAUUUAUUCUACCUCUGGGCUUUUGGCCUGUCCCCGCUGCAGCCCGGAUUGCUGCUGUACAUCAUCCUGGCCUCGCUCAUAUACUACAGCUCCAUCCUGCCGCAUCUUGAGCUGGACAUGGUCCUUCCCGUGUUGGCCUAUGGGCUGCUCCUGAGCUCCAUGCUGUGGCGCAGCCUUGUCUGGGGUGGGAGUGCUGGCUGGGGUGGUGUGCUCUUCACAAUCUCCGACGGUGUGCUGGCCUGGAACACUUUUGUCAGCUCCUUACCUUUUGCCCGCCUAAUGACCAUGAGCACCUACUAUGCAGCCCAGCUCCUUAUCACCCUGUCAGCCCUCGGGAACCCAGAGCUCAAAACCCACUAAUGCAGGACCCAGACAGCCUGGUGGCCCCUCUCCCAUAAGGACCCAGCCUGGCAAGUGGAUGCUUCCGGUCAUGUGCCUGCAGAUACUUGACCAUCUCGAAACAUCUGCAUACUGUUGGCAGAAUUUCAAAUCUACCAUUGAGAUCAAGCUGCCUUCCCUGGCUUCUGAUUGAGGAUUCCAGACCCCCCAACCCAGCCUACAUCUUCUCCCCAUGCCUGUUUCCUUCUCCCAGUCAGCCCUCCCUAUCCAGCUGCCCCUCCACGCUGCCCCAAAUAUGACCCCAGCUGCUCAAGUAAAACGAGUGUUGGAA